AUGUUCCACAAGGAGAGCCUCAUCCAGUUCAUGGCCGGUUCAGGCUGCUACAGCAUCAUCCAGAUGAUUCUGCUUGUUGUACUCGGAGCUCUGCUCGUCGACAACGAGCACUAUCACCAACUUCUGGGCUUGACUAUUCGCGACGUGGGCGGCGGUCUCAUUUUCACGGGCGUCUUCUACUCGUUCGCUGCGUUGCUUGGAUUUGCCACCGCUCGGACAAAGAACAAGUGUCUUCUCCUCGUGCAAGUGAUCUUGCUCGUGUUCCUCGUGUUCUUCCAAACUGUCAUGGGUGGGGUCGCACUUGCGGCUAGUAGAGCCCCCAGCCUCGCGCUUAGCUACGACGCUCAGGUUACUUGCCUGACGGUGGGGAAAUAUGAAGCACUUAGUGAUGCCGACAAACGGACGUGCCAGAACUUUUUCCGAAGCGACGAGUUUGCCGGUGCGAUGCUCGUGUGGCAGGCCUACUACGUCAAAAGCGCAGUGGGUAGCGACUCGGCGAGCUCGUACCGUGCGAUGGUCCUGGAGCUACAACGCGACAACUUCUGCUGCGGGUACGGACUGCCAAUACAUUGCACGGCCGAUACAAGUUCGUUUCCCAGCUCGCGGCCAAGUGCGGUGGUUCCCAGUUGGAAUGAAGAGCGCCAAGUCUGCUCGAGUACUGCAGGCUUGUACUUGCCCACGACAGAGUGCAAGGGUGCGUGCUCGUUUGCUCUACCUAGCGGUACCUGCGGAAAGAACCCCGUCACAGCCACUUCACGCGGAUGCGCGGCCUUCGUCUCGAGACAACUGAGCUUGCAGGUGGAAGUUAUCGGCGCCAUUGUACUCGCAUUUGUGGCGUUCCCGGUGCGGACCGUGUGCCUUUGCUUUAAGCGACGAGAUCAAGACGUGCGGCCGCAGGUCGAGUUCGCAAGUAAAGUCAAAAUCCACGCAGAGAUGUGA